AUUGUUGUGCCAUGGCACCUGAUGUACUUUUAGUUUCCUUGUCUGAUCCUUAAAGGUUAAGUUAUCUACAGGAAAAAAACCUGUGGCCUGGCCCUAGCCUGCUGUAGGAAAAUUGACUUAGGAGAUAGGCAGAAGUUUCCUGCUGGUUGUGUCUUUGUGGAGCCAGAGAUCACCACAGUCACUGCUCCAGAUGAGGAUUUCCCAUCCUGAGGAGCUUCCUGAGCAGAAGGAGCAGGUAUCCUGUCUGGUCACCUUCUCCACCUCUUCCUGCUGCUGUACCUCCUUCCAUCUUCCCAGUCACGUGUGAGUAUUUUUAAGUAUUUGGCUGCCCUAAAACUAUAAUAUAUUAUAGAUUACAAGCAAGGAUACUGUGAAGUUUUUUGGUCUAUCUGGCUGCUCUAAAUUAAGCAGCCUUGUGGUUCUGUGGUGCAAGUGUUUGCUUGUUUAAAAAACCAAUUAAACAACAAACCCACCACCAAACAGGACCUUGUCUCAAAACCAUCUACCACCAGCAAAGACCAACCAUAUCUCAGAGUAAUAAACAAUAAGGCAGCCCAAAAUUUUUCUCCUUAACACCUGCACAUCACUUGACAUUUUGAUUCCUUUUAUGCCUUAUAACUCAAGCACAAAGCUAUACUUGGCCAAAAUGUGAUCCUCUUCAGCAUUUUUCCACUGGACUUUUGCUAAGCCAUAUGGCAAUAGUGAAGGAAAAUUAGUCUUGCAAAGAACUGGUUACCUUGAGCCCAACUAAUUUCUCUUCAGAAAUUAUCCUCAGCUCAUUUUCUACACAUUCCACUGCUUAAAUCCAUUUAACACAGUUACCUGAAAUGGCUUUUGGUAAUUUUCUUCCAUAGCUAGUCUUCCAUAUUCUGUAAACAACUGAGAGAAAGAGCAGUGUAAGGGGGUGCCACAUAGAAAACACAUUUUCCUGCUGUGAAAUAUUCUAUUAUGCCACUAACAAAUGAAAGCAUUCAAUCUUGUAUCUGACUAUAGGUUGAGAAUGGCAAACAAGCCUCAAUAAUGAGCAUACCAACCCCCAGUAAGACUCAGGUAGGAGACAAGAUUCCCACAGGCUUCACAGUGCUGUUCCUGAACUGUCACCACCCUGCAGUUUUCAGUGGGAGCCUUGUGGGCUAUUCCCAGAGGAAAGCUGCUGCAUUUCUCACCAAGCCAGCCUCCAGCAUUGCUUCCCAGGCUCAGGAGCACAAAGGCAGGUACCAGCUGUCUCCUCUUGCUGUUCCACCACCUUCAGCACCAGCAGCAGCGUUCCGUGCUGCCCUGAGCAGCAGGACCCCUCUGCCCCCGCCCUCAGGGAGUUUGAGGAGGACAGAAGUCUUUGGAUGGAUGGAAAGGGGAACACCAGGGAGAAACUGCUGCUUGUGUCCUCAGGGAGCAGUGGGACGAGCCCGAGAGAAAUCUUGGCUGCUGGAGGGAUCCUCGUGUCCCCUCUGGAGUGAAUCCCUGCUUUGCAGCACGAAGUUUGCACGCAUUUUGCUGCCGCUUUGGCUCUCAAGAACUGGAAAUGCCUGGAUUUCUGCGUGGUUUCCCCAGGUUCUCCUAUUUAGCAGGAGCUGCACGGUGAGGCAGCUGGCAAAAGAGGAGAGAGCCCCUGCGAGGCAGAGCCCCUGGAAGGCCCUGUCCUGGUCUGAGGUUCCCACUUUUCUCUCCGACGCCCGGGGAAUUGCUUGAGCAGAACCAGAGAGGGUCCAUUUCAUUUCCUGCCUUUUCCAAUAAAUGGUGACUUUCAGCUGGAGUGUGCUCCUGGUGUCAUCCUCCUCCUCCUACUCCCUGGAUUUGUAAAUAAAUGUCCUGAUUUUGGCCAAGUAGAAUUUUGUUGUUCCAGGGACUGUGGCUCUUUUGUUUCAUUGAGACUUCCCAACUCUGCUGAGAGUUUCAGAUGUCAAAUACAAGUAAGAUUGGAGUUUCUUGGGAUUGUUACUCACACAAAAUAGGGAUCAUUCUUGGACAGGAGUAACUUGACAGGUUUAAUGCCGCUUCCCUUUAAAAUCAGAGCAGGGGAAGCAGAUUUGAAAUCAUCAUUCCAUGAACUUGCACCAAAUUCCUCCAAAGUUGCAAAAGUUUUCCGUGUUAGCAAUUCCUGAGCUUGUUUUCCAGGCAAGCUGGGAUUUAGAUGUUCUUUGUUCCUUGGAUUUGCUGGUUUUCCUCUCUCUGAUUUUAGUAAGGGAGUAUUUAUUUUUUCAUAUUUUCCAUGCUAAUUGGAAUUUUUGUACUACUUAGGGCACAUUUCCAAGGAAAUUUCCCAAAUUGAUGUUGGUAAAUCAGGCAUUGUUCAGCACCAUAUGCACAGAAUUCUGUAAAUUCCCAGGAAAACUUGCUAAGUGUUUAAUUGCCAGAAUGAAUCUCUUUGUAAAGUUGAAUUUUCCUGCGUUUUUAAUUCCAUGAAACCCAGUAAAACUUAAACCCUGGCCUAAUUGCUGUUCCUUGGGCACAAUGGGAUGGUUCUUUGCUGCCUUGGCACAUUUGGAUGUUCAUCCCAGGUGAGCUUCUAGCUUGAAUAGAAUUUGUUUCCAAGUAAAACUGGGGGCUGUCUAGAAAACCUGAAUUUGUGGGAGGCACUGGGUUUGUUUUCCUUAUCCCUGCAUAAUCAAGAACACUCCUGGAGCUGUGUUAGGCAGUGGAAGGGGGGGAGAGCUGCAUUUAUUGAAUUCAUUUUUUUUCUUGAUUGAUUGUUGUGUUGUUUUAUUUUUCAUGCUAUUUUAUUUUAUUGUGUUUUAUUUUUUCAUGUUUUUGUUUUCUUUUGUAUUUUUAAAAGGUUUUUAUAUUCUAAUUCUAUAUUUUUAAUUUUCUAAUUUACUUUUCUUUUUUAUUAUUUUACUUUUUACUUUUUUAAUUACAUUUAAUUUUUAUUUCUAUUUUCAUGGGGGUUUUUUGUAUUUUAAAAUUUUUAUUUUAAGUUUUUAUUAUUUUAAUUUUUACUCUUUUUUUCACUUGAAAUUUUUAUUUUAUUUUUAAAUUUUUAUUUCUUUUUUUUUUAUGUUUUCUUUGUUCUUUUUUUUUUCCUUACUCUUUUAUAGCCCGAGUAGGUGGAAGUUUUCCUGUUGGCACCAAAGAAGUGAACAAAUGACAUCCAUGUCCCCUGCAUGUUAAAAAAGCCUCUGUGAUUUCUGCAGAAUUAAAAAACCUGAGUGGAGAAAGCUGUAAACACCCUGGGGCCAUUUUUUGCCUUUUUACCCCCAUCCUUCCCAUUUACAGGAUCAGCAGCAGGAACUUGAAGUCAGGUGUAUUUCAGAGGGAACAGUAAAACAAAGCAGUCUUUUAAUUUUGGGGUGGUUUUUUGUAUUUAUUUAUUUAUUUUACUUUUGAAUUAUUGUUUUUUUUUUCAUGCCAUUUUAUUUUAUUCUGUUUCAUUUUUUCAUGUUAUUUUUUUGUUUUGGAUUUUUUAAAUGUUUUUAUAUUUUGUUCUUUUUUACCUUUAUACUUUAAUUUUAUUUAUA